AUGCCGGGUAUUUUUCCUCGUCACGAUGUUCGAGAUGCCGUACCAGCAUUCCAAUAUGCCGAAGACACCCAAUCUGUCACAUCUAGUCCCUCUGCGGUAUGGUUAAUCGUCGGCGUUGUGUCUGGGAUCAUCAUUGUUGGCGCCAUGCUCGUCUUCAUCGCCCUCUACUACAUCAAGCGUUGUCAAUACCAGAGAGCACGACAACUUGAACCGUACUUGACCCGCGACGAAUUUAUGAGGAGGCGGAAGCUGAGUGCGGCGGACUUGUUCCGGGAAGAGGAGGAGCGUAGGCAGUACAUGAUUCGGAAAUCCCUGGCGAGCCGGUCCACAAGUUCGGUCGGAAGCAGACUUGCAGCGAUGGCGGAUCAGAUCGACCGGGAGCUCUUGGAGAUGGAACGGCGCGAAUCGAGGAGGCUAAAGGAGGACUGGAAGGCAUGGGAAGCCAGGGAACGGCAGGCGCGAUCAACGUCAGGCGUCCAACAUCCCGCAGUAGCCAGUCCACCGAACGAUGUGCCCAUCCUAGCCAUCCCCUCGCCUGCAAAGCAUCGCUCUCAGGGCCGGAUGCAACUCAUGAACCCGUCUCGGGGCCCACCGACGCCGCCGCCCCGUCAUCCCGGCCGACAAGCACCAGGCUGA